CGCAAAACGAAGGGGAUUCGUUGUUCGUUCUAUCCGGACGCGAACGGACUAGAGCGAACGCACCCAGAAUCCACCGACUAUGGCUCUGCCGACUGCUAAGGCGGCGCCGGCGAUGCCUUUCGCUUCGCGGCCGCACGGCGGAGGGAUCCUCCUCCGGCGACCGUCCUCGCCGCCCGUGCCUGCCGCGGCGCUGCGCCUCGGACCCCUCUUCUGGCCGUGGGAAAAGGUGAAAAUUGGCCCUCUUUCAGUAUCCCCCAUGGGUUUUGGAACAUGGGCAUGGGGCAACCAGCUACUCUGGGGCUACGAAGAAAGCAUGGACAGUGAACUACAGGAUUGUUUCAAUCUGGCUCUGAAGAAUGGCAUAAACCUUUUCGACACCGCCGACUCAUACGGAACCGGGAAGUUGAAUGGCCAGAGUGAGAGGCUGCUCGGAAAAUUUAUCAGCGAAGGGCCGAACAGAUCUCCAGAUGAUGUGGUCAUCGCAACGAAGUUUGCCGCGUAUCCAUGGCGACUAACGUCGGGCCAGUUUGUCAACGCCUGCAAGUCAUCAUUGGAAAGGUUGCAGAUUGAUCGUCUCGGCAUAGGGCAGCUGCAUUGGUCCACUGCUAACUACGCACCUCUACAGGAGCGCGUACUCUGGGACGGUCUAGUUGAAAUGUAUGACAAGGGUCUUGUCCGGGCCGUAGGUGUGAGCAAUUACGGGCCGAAGCAGCUCCUGAAGAUCCACAGCUACCUAGAGUCCAGAGGUGUCCCUCUAAGCUCAGCUCAGGUGCAGUUCUCGCUCCUGAGCAUGGGCGACGAGCAGAUGGAGCUGAAAACGGUGUGUGAUUCAUUAGGUGUUCGUGUCAUCGCUUAUAGUCCGCUUGGGCUGGGCAUGCUCACUGGGAAGUAUGAUGCCUCUAACCUUCCAAAUGGGCCGAGGUCUGUGUUGUUCCGGCAGAUUCUUCCUGGGCUGGAAUCUCUGCUGUCUUGCCUGGAGAGUAUUGCAGACAGAAAGGGCAAAACCAUGUCUCAAGUGGCCAUAAACUGGUGCAUUUGCAAAGGCGCAAUUCCGAUACCCGGGGUGAAGACAGUCAGGCACGUGGAAGACAACCUGGGCGCACUAGGCUGGAGGCUGAGCGCCGACGAGAUCUCAGAGCUGGAAGCCGCGGCGAUGGAUUGCCCAAAGAAGAUGGUCCAGAACAUAUUCCAAACUGCAUGAGCAAACUACAGCUAGCAAGAAAGGCAGCAACCUGAAACGAGAGCAGAGAGAUACACUUUCGAUCUCUUCGCUGCCUAGUUCAGAGGUUCAGAGUUCAGACACACGGCGCUGUAAACCCUGACAAGAUGUCUAGCUCCUUGAGGUGUAUGUUUGUUGAAACAAAAUAUUAUGGUGUUUGUAACUUGGUAUCGGCACUUCGGCUUAUGGCGGAAUGUAAGCAUGCUACUAAGAGAGAAGUCUGGAUGCAUGGAAUUGACAAAUCAUUAUUCGGCGGAAAAUCACUCCAAUUUAUUCCA